AUGCCGCUCAACGAUGUGUCGAACGCAUCCUCCACCGGGGAGUUUCGAACCCCCGGGAAGAAGGCCAUUAGCGGCUUCAACAUUCCGGGACUGACGCACGCCCCGCCGGUGGCGCAGUCCAAGAUGGGAAAGAAGGCCAGACAAAGCCUCGCGGGCCCGGGCGAGGCCAAAGUUGGAGCGAAGACGUCGAAGGGUGGCAAGAGGACGCUCGGUGGUCCGUCCGCCAUGGCCGCGAAGCAGUCCGCGCCCGCGAUGAAGCAAACCUCCAUCACGGCUCACCUCGAACCGCCCUGCGAGGCCCAGGCGGCCGAGGCCAAGGCGGACACCGAGGUGGUACAUCCCGUGACUUCCGGCGCGCCCGAUCCCAUCGCUGGUGCGGAUAUUCCCGAGGCGGAAGAGGGAGAGUUGGAGGAGCAACGGGUGGCGUUCGACGAAGAGGCCACCGUGUCGAUCCCCUCGAUUGCGCCCGACGCAUCCACCGCGACCGUGCUGCCUGUUCACAUAGAAGAGGAGGAGCACGCCGACGACGAGGCUGACGACGACGAAGAGGAUGACGCGCACGCUGAAGAAUCUCAGUCGGCUCAACCCUCGGACAACCACGCGGACAGGUCCCACCGCGGUACGAUGGCCAAGGAACUCGCCAUGCUCGCCGCUCUCAACGGCGGCGUCCUCGCGACCAAGACCCCCGGUACGAAUCGUAAGGGUCCGAGAAGGUCGCGCCGGGCCAACAAAGCCGCGCAAGCUCAGAGGUUCGGCGAGUUCACGAGCUGGGACCACGUGGAGCGGGGCGCGUGCGGCACCCCGGGAGAUGCGCUUCGCAAGCGCCGCGACUCUUCCGAGCCCGAAGACGUCAAGGGUGUCAAGCCGCCGGGAAAGUUUGAGGCGCCAAAGGUUCGAACAACUGUCGAGGACGUUCAGCAACGGGUAAGAGACCUGAUGAAGAUGGCAGACGCCGUGCUGCCGCUCGAGGAGGAUAACGGCAAGGAUGACGCCGCCAACCAGAAAUCCCUGAGGGAACAGCUGAGUGACUCGUGGGGCGGGCAGGGAUACUACGCCAAGCUUGCCUCACAGAUGCAGACGCCGCCGGCAAAGUCUAUUCUCAAGGCGAGCAGGUUCGGGGCGGCUGCAAACAACGAGGGCGCGUGCCGUUCGGCGGCGAAGAACACUGCCGUGAAUGUGGCUGCCAACGGACCCGCGCGAGGCAUGGCGACGAGGAGGAAGAGUGUCACCGAGGCGGAGACAGCGUCCAGCCUUGCCAAGGUGGUCGAGAAGUCUGACAAGUCAAAGAAGCGCGUCUCACUCGGCGGCGAGGCAGCAGCGACGCUCAAGGAAGCGGCCGAGAAGCAGGCUGUAGUCGAGGACAGGCGCCGAUCCUUUGGCAAAUCCACCGAGCCGCCGAAGAGCGCGAUGAAGGAGUACGGCAACGCCCUCUUCAACUCACCCGGAGCAGAGGACGAGAAGUCUCCGACCACGAUCAGCAUGAAGGCUAACGCGAUGACCCCGGCGAAAUCGGUGAUCUUCACGGCGAACCAGGCCGUCGUGUUUGAGGCGACUCCAUCACCGAUGAACGCCAACGCGACAGUCAACGCCGGGUGUGAGAGUGUCGGUCCGUCUGGUCCAUCUGAGUCUGAGGCUGUCGCGAUACUUGAACGACAGAUGGCCCUGCUCCGCGCAGAACUUGCGAUGACCAAGAGCGAUCUCGAUGCCGCAAAGCGCGAAGUCGAGUCCCUGCGGGGCACGUGGGACCCGCAAGGUGGCGACAGCGAGGCCCUACUUCAGGAGAACAAGGAUCUUCGUGCGGAGCUCGCGGCGGUUAAGAAAAAUGCGGCAGCGGCUGUUGCGAAGAUGGCGGAGGUUCUCAGGGCGCAGCUCAACGAGGGGAUGAAUGCACUCGGCGUCGUGGAGGCGGAGGCGCUGCAGUCUCUCGCGAUGUGA